AUGGCUGGGGACCGACUGGGACGACUGGGACAGACUGGGACCGACUGGGACGACUGGGACCGUCUGGGACCGUCUGGGACCGACUGGGACCGACUGGGACCGACUGGGACGACUGGGACGACUGGGACGACUGGGACCGACUGGGACCGACUGGGACGACUGGGACCGACUGGGACGACUGGGACGACUGGGACCGACUGGGACGACUGGGACCGACUGGGACGACUGGGACGACUGGGACAGACUGGGACCGACUGGGACAGACUGGUACCGACUGGGACCGACUGGGACGACUGGGACGACUGGGACGACUGGGACGUCUGGGACCGACUGGGACCGACUGGGACCGACUGGGACGACUGGGACCGACUGGGACGACUGGGACGACUUGGACCGACUUGGACCGACUGGGACGACUGGGACAGACUGGGACGACUGGGACAGACUGGUACCGACUGGGACGACUGGGACCGACUGGGACGACUGGUACCGACUGGGACGACUGGGACAGACUGGUACCGACUGGGACCAUCUGGGACGACUGGGACAGACUGGUACCGACUGGGACCAUCUGGGACGACUGGGACGACUGGGACCGACUGGGACGACUGGGACAGACUGGGACGACUGGGACCGACUGGGACAGACUGGUACCGACUGGGACCAUCUGGGACGACUGGGACGACUGGGACGGACUGGGACCGACUGGGACGACUGGGACGACUGGGACCGACUGGGACCGUCUGGGACGACUGGGACGACUGGGACCGUCUGGGACGACUGGGACCGACUGGGACGACUGGGACGACUGGGACAGACUGGGACGACUGGGACGACUGGGACCGACUGGGACCGUCUGGGACCGACUGGGACGACUGGGACCGUCUGGGACAGACUGGGACGACUGGGACCGUCUGGGACGACUGGGACGACUGGGACGACUGGGACCGACUGGGACCGACUGGGACGACUGGGACGACUGGGACCGACUGGGACGACUGGGACGACUGGGACCGACUGGGACGACUGGGACCGACUGGGACGACUGGGACGACUGGGACAGACUGGGACCGACUGGGACAGACUGGUACCGACUGGGACGACUGGGACCGACUGGGACGACUGGGACGACUGGGACGACUGGGACGACUGGGACGUCUGGGACCGACUGGGACCGACUGGGACCGACUGGGACGACUGGGACGACUGGGACCGACUGGGACGACUGGGACGACUUGGGACAGACUGGGACGACUGGGACAGACUGGUACCGACUGGGACGACUGGGACCGACUGGGACGACUGGGACGACUGGUACCGACUGGGACGACUGGGACAGACUGGUACCGACUGGGACCAUCUGGGACGACUGGGACGACUGGGACGACUGGUACCGACUGGGACGACUGGGACAGACUGGUACCGACUGGGACCAUCUGGGACGACUGGGACGACUGGGACGACUGGGACCGACUGGGACGACUGGGACAGACUGGGACGACUGGGACCGACUGGGACAGACUGGUACCGACUGGGACCAUCUGGGACGACUGGGACGACUGGGACGGACUGGGACCGACUGGGACGGACUGGGACGACUGGGACGACUGGGACCGACUGGGACCGACUGGGACGACUGGGACCGUCUGGGACGACUGGGACCGACUGGGACGACUGGGACGACUGGGACAGACUGGGACGACUGGGACGACUGGGACCGACUGGGACCGUCUGGGACCGACUGGGACGACUGGGACGACUGGGACCGUCUGGGACAGACUGGGACGACUGGGACCGUCUGGGACGACUGGGACGACUGGGACCGUCUGGGACGACUGGGACGACUGGGACGACUGGGACGACUGGGACCGACUGGGACAGACUGGGACGACUGGGACCGACUGGGACGACUGGGACGACUGGGACGACUGGGACCGACUGGGACCGACUGGUACCGACUGGGACGACUGGGACGACUGGGACCGUCUGGGACGACUGGGACAGACUGGGACCAUCCCUGCUGAGCUUCAGAAACAAGCCAGCAGUGGGAUGCAGGGCGCCCUCAGCCCUCAACCCCCAACCGUCAGCCCUGAGCCCCCAGCCCCCAGCCCUCAGCCCUCAGCCCUCAACCCCCAGCGCCCAGCCCCCAGCCCUCAGCCCUCAACCCCCAACCCCCAGCCAUCAGCCCUCAACCCCCAGCCCCCAGACCUCAGCCGUCAGCCCUCAACCCCCAGCCCCCAGCCCCCAGCCCCCAGCCCUCAGCCCUCAACCCCCAACCCCCAGCCCCUAGCCCCCAGCCCUCACCCCCAGCCCUCAACCCCCAGCCCCCAGACCUCAGCCGUCAGCCCUCAACCCCCAGCCCCCAGCCCCCAGCCCCCAGCCCUCAACCCCCAACCCCCAGCCCCUAGCCCUCAGCCCUCAACCCCCAGCCACCAGCCCUCAACCCCCAGCCCUCAACCCCCAGCCCCCAACCCCCAGCCCCCAGCCCUCAACCCCCAGCCCCCAGCCCUCAACCCCCAGACCUCAGCCGUCAGCCCCCCCAGCCCUCAGCCCUCAACCCCCAGACCUCAGCCCUCAACCCCCAGCCCCCAGACCUCAGCCCUCAACCCCCAACCCUCAGCCCUCAACCCCCAGCCCCCAGACCUCAGCCCUCAACCCCCAACCCUCACCCUCAGCCCUCAAUCCUCAGACCUCAGCUCCCAGACCUCAGCCCUCAACCCCCAAUCCCCAGCCCUCAACCUUCAGCCCUUAGCCCCCAGCCCUCAAUCCUCAGACCUCAGACCUCAGCCCACAGACCUCAGCCCUCAGCCCCCAGCUCUUAGCCCCCAGACCUCUUCCCUCAGCCCCCAGCCCUCAUCCCUCAACCCUCAGCCCUCCCUCAGCCUCCAACCCUCAGCCCUCAGGCCUCAGCCCUCAACCCUCAGCCCCCAGACAUCAGCCCUUAGCCCCCAGCCCUCAUCCCUCAACUCUCAGCCCUCCCUCAGCCCCCAGCCCUCAACCCUCAGCCCUUAG